ACCACCGUUAGUUUUAGUCGAGUCUCGUGUUCUGGUGUGUGGCGUGAAGUGGUAUUCUAAGUUUGGGGGAAUAAUUUCGACUAACAUGGCGACUUGGGAGCUAUGAAUCAAAAUGGGUCUUGUCGGCACGAAGAAAGUAAAUAAACGAAUUCGACCUCUACCUGUCAUUCCCUCUGUUGGCAGUAGUGGUGGCAGAGGUGGUGGUAGUGGUGGUGACAGGGGGGGCUGGUAGUGGUGGUAGUAGUGGUAGUUCGCCUCGCAGGAGCUCCAUGGCUGGUAAUGAUGCCGUGGUAAAUGAUGAAGCCUCCAGCCAGAAGCUCCUGCAGGCGGCGUCAGAGGGUGAUGUGGGGACCUUGAUUCGACUGUUCUACGUGGGAGUCGACCUGGAGAUAUGUAGCCUCAACCCAGACGAGAAAGACCUGCGGGCGCUGCACCUGGCGAGCUGGGCGGGUCACACACAGGUAGUCCGGAUGAUUCUCGACCGGAACGCUGACCGAGAGAGUGUUGCCCAAGGUCGACGGGCGGUCCACUGGGCAGCUGUAGGUGGCCACGUACAGGUGUUACAGGUGUUGAGGGACAGAGGAUGUAACCUGUCGGCGCUGACGGCUGAUGGAUCGACGGUCCUCCACCUAGCGGCUGAUUACGGCAACCUGGAGGCCGUCACAUGGCUGGUGGGAGAAGGACUCGACCCCAGCGUCAAAAAUACCGAGAACUUCACUGCUGGGGAGCUGGCGAAGGCGGCCGGACAUGCCAAAAUAUAUCAUUAUCUCCGGAUUACAAGUUGUGUGGCUCGCUUAGCACGACCCUCGAGUACGGGUGCGGGAGGCAGUAGUACUCAGGCAAGUCGUGAGGUGCUGAGGGCCGCCUCAGAGGGAGACCAAACCACCUUAGCUCGGUUGGUGGGUACAGGGGCCAGUCUGGAGGUCACUAGCCAACAGCCUGGGGAGGAAGGUUUACGACCACUCCACCUGGCUGCUUGGGGCGGCUAUGAUCAGAUGGUUUGGAUGAUCCUUGACCAGAACGUCGAUCGUGAAGCUGUAGCGAAAGGUCGACAGGUAGUCCACUGGGCAGCUGUAGGUGGCCACGUACAGGUGUUACAGGUGUUGAGGGACAGAGGAUGUAACCUGACGGCGCUGACGGCUGACGGGUCGACGAUCCUCCACCUAGCGGCUGAUUACGGUAACCUGGAGGCCGUCAAAUGGCUGGUCGGAGAGGGACUUGACCCCAGCGUGAAGAACCAGGCUGGGUGUACGGCCAAGGAUCUGGCACAGCUGGCCAAGAACUCCGAUGUCGUCAACUUUCUCAGGGAUAAACAACAGCUGAUCACGUACAAGAACUACACCACCGUGAAGUGUCUUGGUGAAGGAAGUUUUGGUGAAGUGUUUCUGGUGAAGGACAACACCGCCCACCUGGUGCUCAAAGUGAUCAAACUAGGAGGUCUGGCCAGGUCCCUGAAGAAAGUGGCCGAGCAGGAACUGGAUCUACUCCGUGACAUCCAACACUCAAAUAUUGUUGCUUAUAAGGGAGGAGGUGUUGAGGGUAGCUGCCUGUACCUUCUACUGGAGUACUGCGACGGAGGGGAUCUGGCUGAGCGGAUCAAACAGCAGAAGGAGCGAUCCAGAUCCUUCAUGGAGUGUCAGAUCCUCGCCUGGACCCUCAAAAUAUCUUCAGCGCUUCAGUAUCUACACCAGCGGGCCAUCCUCCACCGGGACCUGAAGCCACACAAUAUCUUCCUCACCACCUGCAACGACUCCGUCAAGCUGGGUGACUUCGGCUUAGCACGCGUAAUGGAGGGUGAGAUCUACCUGCCCAGGACUACGGUUGGCACCCCUGCGUAUAUGAGCCCGGAGGUGGCGAACGGCUUACCAUACGACGGUAAGGCUGAUAUGUGGUCCCUGGGGUGUUGUCUCUAUGAGUUGGCAACACUGGAGCGAGGUUACCCUUAUGUACAGGUGUCUGUACCCAAGCAUUACAGUGAGGGAUUCCAGGGGCUUGUAACCUCCCUGCUUAAUCAUGACCCCGAGUCCAGACCAAGUGCUUCUCUUCUGGUCACCUCCACACUCCCCGCCCUUGGCAUGUCCCCCUAGUAACAAUUUUGGCGUUAUUGUGGUGCAGGAUGUUACUUGAAGGCGUUAUUGGGGGCUAGGAUGUUACUUAGAGGUAUUAUUGAUGUCCCGAAGUAACAAUUUGGCGUUAUUGUGGUGCAGGAUGUGAUUGAAGGUGUUACCGAGAUCCCGAAAAGUAAUAUUUUGCCGUUAUUGUGGUGCAGGAUGUUAUUUGAAGGCGUUACUGAGGUCGGAUAUGUUACGUAAAUGUGUUAUUUAGGUCCUCUAAGUCAGGGGUUCUCAAACUUCUUUCAACCAGGGACCCCUUUUAUACCAUGACACAUACAAAUAUUGUCAAUAAUCAAAGAAUAAAUCAUAGUCCAAAGCAUUUGUUCAUUUCAACCCAAAUCCAAAAUAUCCUGUGAAAUGGAAUCGCCAAAUCUCUCAAAUGUUAAACUCACUAUUUCUCAAAAAAAAUUCCUGGAACCUAGUUUGAGAAUCACUGAGUAACAUUUUGUCAUUGUUGUUGUUAAGGUCCAUUGUGUCUUUGUAUCAUAUCAUAAACACCAAGCUGUUUGAAGUUGAGUGGAUGCGUUACUCGUCGUGUUUCAGCAGUUCGUUGGUUCGUUUCCCAGGUGCGCCCAGAGUUGACGCUGUGGAGGCGAGCGAGUGAGCUAGUGAGUGAGUGUUGUAUUCUUAACGUCCAUUGGCCAUCUGAUUCAUGGCAUACUGACCAAUGGGACGCUUUAGAUAUGUAUUAUUAAGUAACUCUAGUCAAAUCUAUUUUAAAAUUAUCGAUAAUUAUAGUAAAAUGUAUAUAUUUAUUAUCGUUGUUCAAGCUUUGUGGUGUUUAUAAUCUAAUAUACUAUAGGACUAGGCGUGUGUCUGUCUGUCUGUUCUGGGCAGCCGAAAUGGCACAUUCGUUUU